AUGUCAACAUAUUCUUCUAAUGUUGCUCAUCCACCCUCAACAUCAUCAGCCUACAAUCCCCCGGUGCCUGUAAUCAUAACAGUAAUUUUCCUCCUUUCAUUCUUAUUUGGUUUCUUCACAGUACACUUUUUAAAGUGUCUCCUUGAAUAUAUUGCAAGUAAUAGGAACAUUGAGGCUAACACUGCUGCAGAUGUUGUGGUUGCUGCUGCCCCAGAAGAUACAGCAAAUAAAAGCAAUGGCCUUGAUCCUGAACUAGUACAAGCUUUCCCGACGUUCUAUUAUUCGACCGUCAAAGAGUUUCGUCGCGAAAAGUACGGCCUAGAAUGUGCUAUUUGUUUGGGGGAGUUCGAAGAUGACGAUAUGCUUCGACUUUUGACGAUUUGUUUCCAUGUUUUCCAUAAAGAAUGUGUUGAUCUUUGGCUUGAAUCGAAUAAAACAUGCCCGGUUUGUCGUGGCGAGCUAGACGUGCCUAGGAAAUCGUUAGAGAAAUCUCCUGUGCUGCUUCAGAGUAAUUCCAUGCAUGAAAUUGGGGCAAAUCAAAGUCCUCUACAAAAUGCUGUUUGCAUUGAGAUUAAAGAAGAUAACAAGGAGAAAGCUGAUGAAGCUCAAAGCUCUUCAACCACAAAAGAACAUCACAAGAAACGUGAAGGAGUGGAAAGAUUUUUUAGGUCAAAUUCCACAGGCCACUCCAUAUUUAGAACUAGAGAAGAAGAUGAUAAAUAUACUCUAAGAUUGCUUGACCAUGUCAAAAUAAAAAUUUUAAGGGGACAUAAAGCUGCAAUAAGUUGUAUAUCAUUUAGAGAUUUUACAAGCCCCUUGAAUUCCAAAAAUGCAGCUUCAGGUGAAACAUCAGAGUCACUUCAAGGUGACUUAGAUAAAGUAUAA